AUCACAUCGAUAUAUAUAACCAGAAAAAUCAAAGUUUUGGUUUAAAAAAAGAGAAAAAAAAGAAAAAAAUGGGUACAAUCGAAAUAUCGAGGAAAAAUAUCGGUUUGAAUGAUUGAAAAUCAAGUCUGAAUAUAUCGAUAUCUCGAACAGUCGAUAAGGUAUCAAGAUUCCUAUUCUGUCGUGGCAGACAGAACCCAAUGUUAAACAAUCGUUCGAGCAUUCAAUUGUUGCUAAACAAUAGCACGCAACCAUCCGAAUUGUUUAAUCAAUACAAAAAUAAGAGGUAAUUUCAUUUGAAAAUCAACUGACAUUUCAACCUGAGGACUUUCUUUGCUUUCUUCCCGCCUUCUGCACUACGAGACUGCAGAGCCCUGAUUAAUCAUUUCUUGAAUAUAAUCAGGUGCAAACGAUGGAAAACAUGACGAAUUCCAAUCCACAGAUUUGUCCGAUACUCAUAAUUCCCAAAGCUGAGGAAUCUUUGGGAAUUGGAAGAGAAUUAUUAAUUGGUCCAGUGAAGCCUUUAAGACCUGGAAAAAGGAGGAGGCCAAAGAAAUUUUACAAACCAGUCUGGAAGUCAUCAUGGAGCAUUUCAGAAAGGGAAGCUGACAACACGUCAACCCCAGGAGUUGAGAGAAAUAAUUUGUUCCUCGACGACAACGACUCAGAGGCGUGGAAUGGGGAUAUUAACGAUGGAGUGAUCGAUACCUUCGACUUCCUGCCAGAGCCGUCACCAAAAAACCGACCACCAACUCCAGAGCCCCUAGACAGUUAUGGCUCCUCAAAAAUUCACGGGAGAGAAAAACCCCCAGGACCCUGGGAGAACGACAGUAUCCCCUUGCCCAGGCCCCAUUGUCGCAUGUGCAGGCAAAUUUUCGAUUCACUAUCCUACGAUCCAACGAGUCCCUCCCUGAAAUGCCCAUUCGAGUGUUACGUAAGAUUCUCCAGUUUUGAGUCCCUCCAAAGACACGUAACAUACGUUCACGUCACGUGCAGAUGCACAAAAGAAGAUCUCUACGGAGACGUCAUCAACUGCAGUGGCUACCCCAGGAAAGACUACAGCUGUCCAAUGUGCAGUGAGAAGUUCUCCUUGUACAGACCCCUGGAGCAACAUCUGUACAGCAUCCACAAGAUUCCGAAUAUUUCGGAGAUAAAUCGAAGAGAUUUGCCCGCUUGCUACGCAACAGUCCCUGAGAAUCUGAUCGCCAGGCGUUGGCCGAAAUCCUGCAGUACUCGCAUGUCGAGAGGAUUUGUCUGUGAUUUUUGCGCCAUUAAAUUUCCUUCUGUCAAGGAAUUAUUUCGGCACUUCAACAAGGGCCACACGAACUCGAUAAGACGAGUACCAACAAGUAUUUCACGAUUAAAAUUUCACAUGAAGCAUCAGAAAACGAAAGGUCUAUCUCUCCCAGACCAAUGGCCCCUCAGUAAAUUGAGUUCAAAUGAAAAAUCAAAGAGAAGAUUAACUGCAGAAAUGAAAAAACCCUCUGCCACUGGAGAUUCUGAUGACUGUGAAGCAGCAAUGGAUGAUUACCUCCUUCAGAUUAAAAAUAAUCAGGAGAAAGUGAAAGAAUUUACACCUGGGGAUUCGCCCGAGGAUUAUGAAGAGUACGAAUUUCUGGAGAUGGAAAUUCCAGAGGAAGCUCCAAGUUCCACUAAAGAUUUUCCAGAGCCUGAAGAAUCCUUGGCAUCUCCUGAACUCCCAAAGGACUCCGAUUCACUGUUGAGAAAUCUUCUGACCCCAGACGUCACCUCGACGGACUCCACAGCUUCUGAGGAGUCAAAAUCUGUCCCCACCCUUAAGAAACCCCCCAAGAUCAUACAAGACUCCAGAAAUUUCGACCUGGAGACAUCUCUGUACCUGGAGAAGCUCCAGAAGGACCACAAAUCCCUCGUCACUACUGUAUCACGUAUCGAGGUGAAAAAGAAUUCAGUAAAAGACGUGGAAAGACAAACCAUCAGUAAAAUACUUCCCAUUCCAUCAAAACUCCAGGAACGGGAUCCCAAAAAAAAUCCCUCGCGUAAUAAAUCGAAGGGAAAAUCCUUGAGAUCCUGUCCUAGAUGCAAGAAAGUCUUCAACACCGUGGGAGAUCUGGCGAAGCAUCUGAGUCUCAUCCAGAAAAUCAACGAGAGCUCUCCAGAGGCUUUAUCCCCCGUCAGGGAAGUCUUGAGUUGUCCUGAGUGUCUUAAACCCUUCAGAAGCCAGAAUAUUCUCCUCACUCAUAAAUAUCUCGUCCAUCGGGACGAUUCAGGGAUUCAUAUCUGCGACAACUGCUGCAAAAUCUUGACUUCCAUUUCCAUGGUGAACAAUCACCUCUGCAUCACUGCAACAUCUUUCACCUGCAGAGGAUGCAACCAAGUAUUCAAGAGUUCAGAGGAGCUCCUGUUCCACAAUCAAAAAAAUCACCUCGAGGAUUCAGGAACCCAUGCCUGUCCAGCUUGUCAGAAAAAUUUCCUCACGAAAUCCAUGAUGAAUCGUCACAUCCUGGAAAAUUGCGAUGUCCAGGGGAGCGAUGAUGGUGAAAACAAUAACAACGACAGGGAUGCCGACAGAAAUUGGAUGGACGACGUGAAAUCCCAUCGCUGCGACGUAUGCCAGAGCCUCUGGGAGACUUCUGACGAGUUGAUUCAGCACUUGGAGACAAUCCACGACCUGAAGUCCUGCAGAUUGUGCUCUCGGUGGGUGCACAGUCACCAAAUCCUCAAUCAUGUCAUGAGUCAUGUUCUUGAUAGGGAAGAAGAUGGAGGAAAAGGUGGAGGGACUGGUGGAGAUAUCAAAGAUGGAACUAGGAGAUUUAUUGCGGAGUACAGUAAAGACUUCGUCACGUCUGUUCUUCAAUACUCCAGGUACCGACUUGAGGAAUCUGGUGGUGUUCUCUGCUCCCAGUGUCAACAGAGGUUUGAUAAUUCCCAUACCUAUAAGUGCCAUUAUGUAGAGACUCACGAUUUAUUCUGCGUUCUGUGUAAUCGUCGGUUCGGUGAUGUCUUGGAGGCCUUUGAGCAUAAAAAUUCGGUUCAUCAGUCUGCGGAGAUUUAUAUGUGGGUUGCAGAUAAAAUUUUGCUGGCCCUCGCUGAAACUGGAGAGGUUUGCGGCUGGCUAGGGAAAAAAUUUAAAAAAACCAUUUUAAUUCGUGAUUUGGAGGAGAAGGUGAAGAAUAUUCAUAGGGCCAAUCGGGAUUCUAGAGAGGGUCAGGGGGGAGAUAAAAAUUUUCGGAUUGUCGAUGGAGGGGUUGUAAAUUCGAGGAAAGCUGCGGGCUGAGUGCAUUUUUUCAAAAAGCAAUUAUUCGUUUCUUUAGAGAUUGUAUUGGAUAUUUUUUUAUUUCUUGCGAAUGUCGAAUUAUUUUGUCAUGGAAGUUUCUUUUGAUAAUCUAUUUUAUGAUAUUAGCCAUUUGCAAUGGCCAGAGUGUAAAUACCGCAGAUAUAGUAAAUUACAAAAUAUAAGAUUAUGUUUCUUCUUAAGAAAAACGGCCUCAGUCCCAAGGAUUAGGACUGGAUGAAAUCGUUCUUAUUUGGUUGGGGAGGGUCUUGAUGAUAAGAUUUUAUCAACGAAUCAGGGCCCCCAGUAUCUGUCAGUCUGUCUCGCUAUUUGAUAAGCUAUUUUUAUAUCUUUGAUAUUAAAGUUUUUGAAGUCUACGGAGUGCAUCCGAUGAAGAAAGUGUCUGAAGUCGAAGGAGAAUAAAUGAGUGAUAAUGAUAAA